AGAAAUCUCGGCGAAAAUGGCUGGGGCAAUUAUAGAAAACAUGAGCACCAAAAAGCUGUGCAUUGUCGGAGGGAUCCUGCUGGUUUUCCAAGUCAUCGCCUUUCUGGUGGGAGGUCUCAUCGCUCCCAGUCCCACCACAGCUGUUCCGUACAUGUCAGUGAAGUGCAUUGAUGUCAGAAAAAACCACCACAAAACCAAGUGGCUGAUGCCCUGGGGACCUAACCACUGCGAGAAGAUCAAAGACUUCGACGAAGCCAUGAGCAGGCAGAUAGAGGCCAAUGACAUCGUGUUUGCUGUUCACAUUCCUCUUCCUAGCAAGGAGAUGAGCCCCUGGUUCCAGUUCAUGCUUUUCAUCAUGCAGCUGGACAUCGCAUUCAAGAUGGACAACGACCUAA